AUGAGCUUCCGGGGCUUCCAGAAAAGCGUCAUUCGGGCGCCCCAGCAAUUCAAGUCGCGCUUCAAUAUCGGCGAGCACACAAAGGAUGCCGUCUACAUCGAUUCCGAGCGCAGAUUUCAAGAGCUGGAAACCGAGACGAAGCGAUUGCACGAUGAGUCCAAAAAAUACUUCGACGCCAUCAACGGCAUGCUCAGCCAUCAGAUCGAAUUCAGCAAGGCCAUGACCGAAAUCUACAAACCCAUUUCCGGUCGCAUGUCGGAUCCCGACAGUUUGGAGGUUCGCGGCAACCCCGAGGGUAUCCGUGCCUGCGAAGAGUACGAGGCCGUCGUCAAGGAUUUGCAGGAGACUCUUGCGCCAGAGUUGGAGAUGAUAGAAAGUAGGGUUAUUCGCCCAGCCAACGAACUCCUUGAUGUCGUCAAGGUCAUCCGCAAGUCAGCAGCGAAGCGCGAACACAAGAAGCUCGAUUACGACCGACACAGACAAACCUUGAAGAAGCUGCAGGACAAGAAGGAUCGGAAUGCCAAGGAUGAAAAGGCUCUGUGGAAAGCGGAGAACGACGUGGAGCAGGCGACUCAGGAGUUCAACUACUUCAACGAUCUUCUCAAGGAGGAACUGCCGCGCCUGUUUGCGCUCGAGCAACAAUUCAUCCAACCUCUCUUCCAGUCCUUCUACUACAUGCAACUCAACAUCUUCUAUACGUUGCACGAGAAGAUGCAACACUGCGACAUCGGCUACUUCGACCUAACGCUCGACGUACUUGAGGCAUUCCACAAGAAGCGAGGUGAUAUUCAAGAGCAGGCGGAGAAACUAUCCAUUGUGAAGUUCAAGACGACUGGUCAGAGACGUCCGGUAAAAUACGGCGGCCGUCCCGCAAUCGAGGGCAAGCCUCAACACCUGCUUACCGCUGGACCUUCUUCCUCCUCAGCUGCCUCCACAACCUCAGCAGCGCCCACAAAGUACGGUGGCUACACCAAGCAAGGAGAAACCGCCGACGCGAACCCGCCGCCUCCAUACUCUCCUCCGCCAACGAACGGAACUUCUGGUGGAGGACUCGCCGCUAUUGCCGCAGCAAAGUCAAAGCCUCCUCCGCCCAAGCCCAAACCCAGCCGACUCAGCGGAGCGCCCGCGGCCGAACAUGUCACCGCCUUGUACGACUACGCUGCACAAGCUGAGGGCGACCUGAGCUUCAGGACGGGCGAUGUCAUCGAGAUCAUCAGCAGAACAAAGAACGAGAAUGAGUGGUGGCAAGGUAGAUUGAACGGAAAGACUGGGCAAUUCCCAGGGAAUUACGUGAAACUGAAUUGA